AUGGCGCGGCAGGGGAACUGGCUUUGGCACGGCGUGGCGCCUAAGAGACGCGCGUUGUCGGCCCGUGGCACGCGCGUCACAAUGCUCACAUUCUUGCAGAUCAUCAUUUGUGAGGUUGAAGGGAAUUUAAAGGAGCUUAUUUUGGAUGAGAGUAUAUCAUAUGAUGGUGAAACUGCUGAAAGAGAUGGCUAUGGAUUGAAAACUGGCAGCUCGGUUUUUGCGACGUAUGCAGUUUUGGCGAGAUGUCUUCUUGUUGACGCUACACUUCUCGAUGACGUUGGCCUCGUCUUUGAGUUUGUUACGAAGCUCUUUCAUGCGGAUUUGGAAGCGGACGAGCCUCGAUAUCUCUUUGUGAGUGUAAUUUUUGUGUGGGGGGUUAAGCAAUUGGGCUGUGAAAUUUUGCGCAGUCAAUUGCACGAGAUGAUAUGGCGCAAAUCUGUGUAA